AGGAUAUACGUGGUCGUGGUGUUCAGUAUUUUUGGGUGUCAUUUUCAAAAAACGAUUUAGUAUAAUAAGAACACAUUUUUCUUGGAUAUUUCUAACAAUGGAAAGAUUCUUGACAAACAAAAGUAAAAAUCAGAAUAAUGCCGAACCCGGACCGAGUACCUCAAGAGAAAGAUAUGAAUCUGAAGAUUCCCAACCCGAAGAGGAAGGUGAAGCGUCUGUUAUUAGUACAAAUGCUUCUAGAGAAAAAAAACAAGCAACUUCUAAAAGAAAAAGAAAGCGUGUGUCCGCUGUAUGGGACUAUUUUAAAAGGUCUGGCGAUCGAAAAUUAGCAAAGUGUAUGACAUGUGGAAAAGAAUACAAAACAAGCGGCAACACAAGCAACAUGCGAGAUCACUUAGAUAGACAUCAUCCAAUACAUAAGGGAAAUAUACAGCAGUCAGCAUCAGAUGAACCUGUAGAAACUACAGCAAUUAUUGACUCUGAAGGGUCAUUUUCUAACACAUCUUGUGAUCGUUCUAGUGCUCGAUCAACAACAAGAUCAAUUAGCCCCUUUUUUAGCGAGCCCACCAAUAUGAUUCGAAAUCAAGGCAUAAAAAGGAACUUGACAGAGCCCUUAUUAAAAUGGUGGCUCUCGACUUUCAGCCUUUUAAUAUAGUGAAUGACAUUGGCUUCAACAAAUUUGUCAACCUGUUAGACCCAAGGUAUGUACUUCCUAGUUCAUUUACUUUAAGUGGCAAAAUGUUGAAUGAAUUUUAUUUGGAAAUGUACCAGAAGGUAAAAGCAGAAUUAGAAAAGAUUGAAUAUGUUGCUAUAACUUGCGAUUCCUGGACCUCCACGGCAACAGAGUCAUACUUGACUGUGACAUGUCAUUAUAUUAAUACAUAUUAUGAACUAAAAACAGCUAUUCUUUCUACCAAACCUCUAACAGGUGGAAUAAAUCAUACGGCCGAAAAUAUAGCCCAGACCCUAACCGAAAUAUUCGAAAAAUGGAACAUUGAAAAUAAAGUUAUGUGCAUUGUAACAGAUAAUGCGGCUAAUAUGAUUAAAUCAUGUGAGCUACUAAAAAAAAAGCAUUUACCAUGCUAUGCACUUAUUCUUAAUUUGGCAGUCCAAGAAAAUUUUGUCGUUAUCCAACCAGUAAUUAAAAAAUGUAAAGAUGUAGUUACAUUUUUUAAGAGUAGCACCAUUGCUAUGGAUAUGUUUAAAAAAGAACAAAAUAUUGAUGCAAACAACGAAGGUCAUAAAGAAUAUAAAUUGAUACAAGAAGUGACUACUAGAUGGGAUAGUACAUACCACAUGCUUGAAAGGAUCUUGAAAACAAAUGAUGCAAUUGGCAGAGCCAUACUAAAAUUAAGAAAGGCACCUGUACCUCUUUCUGUUGAUGAGAUCACUCUUAUACAAGAUUGUGUUAAAAUUCUAAAAUGUUUUGAGGAAGCUACCAGAAAAGUAUCAGGUAAAAUUAUUCAUUUAGGAAUUGUGCAUGUGGUUUUAAAGUACGUGUUUGGAAUUGGCAAAUUUAAAGGGUAUUUGAAUGCACCGCCAAUUUUGUUAGAAGUAUUGAUUAUUUUAAUUGACCAAUAACAAUCCAUAUCCGCGUGCAUGCGUCAAUGAUGGCUUGGACAGGUGCACGCUUCCUCCCGCGAGAGACGGGCUUUUUGAUCGGUACCAUCGUACGAUACGCAUCGAAACAUAGAAUAGCGUGUGUUGAGAAAACUGGCCGGCCAACCAUCUAAUAUACAGUUCUACAGUAUACCGAUUCAUCGAGUGUCAGGUAAGUCGUUAUUGACGCCGUAAAUUUGUAAUUGUUUUCUUUUUCUUAUUUUCUUUUGCGUGUGAAGUUCACGCUGGUCCUUCAAUACCUAUUAUUUGUCCUUUCCAAAAGGAGCCCCCCAAACAGUACGUAUUUUAAUUUUUUAGGUAAUAAUGUAACAGUGUCCCUGAUAAUUCCUUUGACAUUAGGAAUUUAUAAUUAUUUAACAACGAUUCAUACAGAACUUGUGACGGAAGAGGGAAAAACAUUUUGCAAUAGAUUAAUUGAAUCGGUAAAAAAGAGGCUGUUUCAAUAUGAAACUAGGACGAAUACGAAAUUGGCCACAUUACUUGACUCCAGGCUUAUUUAUUUACUUAUUUUAUUUAUCCACUGGCAAAGCCCAAUUACAAUUUAGGUAGUGUUAUAAAUUAACAAAUCAAAAUAUAAAAAUACUAAAUAAACAAUAUAACUAGAUUUAAAAGAGAUAACUAUUCCCUUACUUUAGGUUUAAAAAAGAAGCUUUUCGAAGUAAAGAUAAUGUAGCAUCGGCAACUUCAUUACUGGAAAAUGAAAUGUAUGCUAUAAUGAGAAAAAGGGAAGAGAUUAACAGGUCUGUUACUGACCAAACUCAGCCAACCAUUCCAACACCUAGUGCAUCCUCGGCCUCGCUUUUUGCGUUCUUGGAAACGAGAAUAGCUGAGAAAUCAAAAUCGGUAACAUCAGAUAUCAUAAUCACAAAACGACAGUAUUUAGAAAGGCCCAAUUCAAGUGAGGAAACUAACCCUUUGUUAUUAUGGAAGGUAAGUUAGUAAAUAUAAUAUAAAAGCCUAACAUCCAGUGGCGAAGCGUACGAGUAGUACGAGAGUAGUAGGAGAUCCAGUUAUUUGUCAUUAAUUUAUGACGUAAUUAUUUCAUGUAAUUGUUGAAUUACAAUUAAAAAAAAGUUAACACAGAACGUAGUCGCUCCUUACCAGUGGCGCACCGAGGGGGGGGUUUUAGGGGUUAAAACCCCCCCCAGGACUGCAGGACCUCUAAAAGAAAAAAAUAAUUACAAAUAAUAUUAAUAGAAAAUACCUAUUUAAAAAUAUAUUUUAAGAAU